CUCGCCUCCACCCUCUCCCCUCAAGAGCAAGAAGUCCUCUCUUACCUCCUCGACUCCGAGAAGCUCAAAGAGAAGCAACCCAAAAGCAAGAGCAAGAAGAAUAAGGGCAAGGUUGAUGUUAAUUACAACCAUGCCCCUGACCUCGGCUGCUCCUGCUUUGGAUGCUACAAGAGCUUCUGGGCUCGUUGGGAUGCCUCGCCCCAUGCCCCCUAACCUUGGUUGCUCCUGCUUUGGAUGCUACAAGAGCUUCUGGGCUCGUUGGGAUGCCUCGCCCAACCGCCACGUCAUCCACCUCAUCCUCGAUGCCUUUGAAGAGACCCUUGAAUCGAAGGAGGCCAACAGGAAGAAGAAGAGGGGGUUGAAGAGCAAAAAGAUCGAUUUUGAUGAGGUUUUGGCGAAAGAGAUGAGUGCCCAUGAGGAGAAAGUUGAUGAUGACGGCCAUGAUGACGGGUACGGGCAUGUUGGUAAUGAUGAUGGUGGCGGUGGUGAUGAUGGUGGGUAUGAUGGUGAUGAUGGGGAUGGGGAUGGGGAUGAUGAUGAGGAGGAGGAUGAAGAGGGGAAGAGCUCGGUUAGGAGGUUUGUGAGUUGGGUAUUUGGGAUGAACAAUUAGAAAAUUAGAUUAAAAAAAUAAAGGUUAGUUUUUUAUUUUGCUACUUGUUUUUUUUUUAUCCUCUCCUGCUUUGUAUGAUAUUUUUUCCCCUCUGGGAAAUUUUCUGGGCAAGUGUAGACUUUUUUGGUUCAUGUAAACAAGGAAAAGAAAACGAGGAAAUGGAAAGAAAAAAAAAAGCUUAAAAAUUUCUGUGUAUUUUAGUUGGAUUUUGUGUA